GCUACCUUAAACCUUCAAACAGCCUCCAGCUAGAAAUCAGAAUGUCAUCAUCGUCUGAGCAUGGUUCUUGUUCAAAGCUCCCGUUGCGAGAAAUCCCAGGCAGUUAUGGUUUGCCGUUUUUUGGGGCGAUUAAGGAUCGAUAUGACUUUCAUUACAACCAAGGCAUAGAAGCUUUCUUCCGCUCCCGCAUGCAAACCCAUCAAUCCACCGUUUACCGAGCAAACGUGCCGCCGGGGCCUUUUAUGGCCGGAGAUUCCAAGGCGGUCGUCCUCGUCGACGCCGUUAGCUUCCAGAUCCUCUUCGACAACGCUAGAGUAGACAAGACGGAUUUCUUUGACGGUAACUUCAUGCCCUCCACCGACUUCUUCGGCGGCUACCGUCUCUGCCCUUUCCUCGACACCACCGAGCCUCAACACCAAACCCUAAAGAAUUUCUUCCUCUCCACGCUCGCCGGCUUACAUAAUAAGUUCAUUCCCAUUUUCUCCCUCUGCAUGUCCCAGCUCUUCACCAAGCUUGAAGAUGGAGUGGAGGGUAAAGAUGGAAAAUCCUACUUCAACGACCUCAGCGAUGAAACGACGUUUAACUUCAUGUUCCGUCUAUUUUCCGGCAACAGAGAUCCGACGGAGACCGCUGUCGGAUCUAACGGCACGGAGUACCUUAACAAAUGGGUAUUUCUCCAGUUGGCUCCAUUGAUGACACUCGGGCUGAAAUACCUCCCCAAUUUCCUAGAAGACUUAGCGUUGCACACUUUCCCGUUACCGUUUUGCUUGAUGAAAUCUGAUUACAAGAAAAUUUACGAUGCUUUCUAUAGCUCCCUGGGAUCCAUCUUGGACGAAGCUGAGAAGAUCGGGAUCAAAAGAGACGAAGCCUGCCAUAACUUCAUUUUUCUGGCAGGGUUCAACGCCUACGGCGGGAUGAAAGUGUUCUUCCCCUCUCUCAUCAAGUGGGUCGGCGCUGCGGGGGAGGGCCUGCACCGCCGGCUAGCGGAGGAAAUCAGGGCGGCGGUUAAACAAGAAGGCGGCGUUACACUCUCAGCGCUGAACAAGAUGAGUUUGACAAAGUCGGUGGUGUACGAGACACUACGGAUUGAGCCUCCGGUUCCAUUCCAGGUGGGGCGGGCCAGGGAGGACAUCGUGGUCGACAGCCAUGAAUCGUCGUUCUUGAUUAAGAAAGGCGAGGUAAUCUACGGGUAUCAGACGUUGGCGACGAAGGAUCCCAAGAUAUUUGAGAGGGGUGAGGAGUUCGUGGGGGAUAGAUUCGUGGGUGAUGGGGAGAAAUUGGUGAAAUAUGUGUACUGGUCUAACGGGAGGGAGACUGAGAAUGCAACGACGGCGGAUAAACAGUGUCCCGGCAAGGAUCUGGUGGUGGUGCUGGGGCGGCUGAUGUUGGUGGAGUUUUUCCUUAGAUAUGACACAUUUUCCAUAGAAUAUGGAACCAUCCUUCUCGGCCCUUCCGUCACUUUUACCUCCGUAACCAAAGCUACAUGAGCUUGCAUUGCAUGGUGAACUGGUUUUAAUUUCCAUUCAAUUCAGACUGUAUAUAUAUUGUAUGUUGUGGCUUGUUAAUACAAUAUUUUUCUGUA